AUGGCUUCCUUCAGCUCAAGCUCAGCGCAAGUCAAGGCUUUUCUAUCCAGGACUGCAAAAAUGAGUGGGUUAUCCGUCUCGAAAAACUGGUUGAUGAGGGCUGUGCCGCCAGGAAAUCGCAACGAGGACCCGUACCUUUGGGUCGGACGCCUCUGGAGUAGUAGUAGUAGUAGGAGUAGACGCGGAAUGUGGCCGGCCCUGGUGGCCUGA